AAUCCAAAGUUUAGUUAGCCACCGUAAUACGACAGCUCGAGUCGUAGACAGACAGGCUUCAGCCCGUGGUCGAGACAAAAGGCUCUCGCAGACGUAACGCUAGCUAGCAAAGCGCGCAGUGAACUCCCGUUCAGGCUUCAACUUUUCAAGUGGUGUGUAUUAAAGCUAUGGCCGUCGCCGCUGCACAGAAGAACCGCGAAAUGUUCGCCAUCAAGAAGUCCUACAGCAUCGAGAACGGCUACCCAUCUCGCCGUCGCUCCCUCGUGGACGAUGCCCGCUUCGAAACGCUGGUUGUCAAACAGACAAAACAAAGUGUGCUCGAGGAGGCUCGCGCCCGUGCCAAUGACUCUGGCUUGGAAUCAGAAUUUAUCCAAGACGCCGCUCAGAUUGGUGAAGGCGAGAAAUUUGAAGAUGCCGACGGAAACAAAAAUGUUCUAUCUGAUGCAGACACUAUCGAUGGUACAACCAAAUCAGAUGAAGAUUACACUCUUACCGAAGAGGAGGUAAUUCUACAAAACGCUGCAAGUGAGAGCCCCGAAGCUGAACAAGCGAUUCAAAAGGCGGCUCUGCUUCUUCGUAUGCGCGAAGGCAUGGGAACUCUUGCUCGCAUCCUCAAAACCAUCGACAACUACAAGGGUUGCGUUGAGCAUCUAGAAACACGCCCUUCCCAGGAAACUGGCAUCCAGUUCGAUGCUCUGGUGAAAGUAAGCAUGACUCGCAUCAACCUGCUCCAGCUCAUCAGAUCCCUCCGCCAGUCAACCUCCUUUGCUGGCGUCAACUUACUCUCGGACAACAUCUCCAACAAGACUCCAUGGUUCCCACGCCACGCGUCCGACCUCGACAACUGCAACCAUCUUAUGACCAAAUACGAACCGGAGCUCGAUAUGAAUCACCCAGGAUUCGCCGACAAGGAAUACAGAGAGCGCAGGAAGGAAAUUGCCGAAAUCGCAUUCGGUUACAAAUAUGGUGACCCAAUCCCGUCCAUCAGCUAUUCCGAAUCUGAGAACUCAACAUGGCAGCGGGUGUUCAACACCGUACUUGAGCUGAUGCCUAAACAUGCCUGCAAGGAAUACAAGGCAGCUUUUGGUAAGCUUCAGGGAGCUGAUAUCUUUGUGCCUCACCGCAUCCCACAAUUGGAAGAUGUCAGCAACUUCCUCCGCAAGCACACCGGAUUCACUCUUCGCCCAGCUGCUGGUCUACUGACAGCCCGUGACUUCCUCGCUUCGCUGGCCUUCCGUGUCUUCCAGUCCACACAAUAUGUGCGCCACGCUAACUCACCCUUCCACACACCUGAACCUGAUUGCAUCCACGAGCUUCUUGGACACAUUCCGCUUUUGGCUGACCCAAGCUUCGCACAGUUCUCCCAGGAAAUUGGUCUUGCCUCACUUGGCGCUUCAGAUUCCGAGAUUGAAAAGCUGUCCACUGUAUACUGGUUCACGGUUGAAUUUGGACUAUGCAAAGAGAAUCAACAGCUGAAGGCUUACGGCGCCGCACUCCUGUCUUCCAUCGGAGAACUUCUGCACGCACUAAGUGACAAACCCGAACUCAGACCCUUCGAACCCGCUUCCACAUCUUUGCAACCGUAUCAAGAUCAAGAGUAUCAACCUAUUUAUUACGUGGCUGAAAGCUUCGAAGACGCCAAAGAAAAAUUCAGACGCUGGGUAUCCACCAUGUCGCGACCUUUCGAGGUCCGUUUCAACCCCCACACAGAACGCGUCGAGGUGCUCGACUCCGUGGAGAAACUUGAGACCCUCAUCUGGCAACUGAACACAGAGAUGCUACACCUGACUAACGCCAUCAACAAGCUCAGGGGAUCGCAGUUCGAGUGAACCGGUCACCUACAUUCUACAACCAGAUCAGUGCAAGCGGCCUUGCCGUUUCUUGUAUAGCUAGUGAUAUUAUAGAUGUAAGACUGUUGUCGUGUAGAGCGUGUGUGCGUGUGUGGAAACCAUCGGAUGGUACUUCGUUGAAUUCCUUUUGUACCUUAUUAUUUAUUGUGCCGAGCUCGUUGCCCGGGCCUCGGAUAGUGCACAGAGCCCCCUAUUGCCCAUUUACGGUGGCUGUGCGCGUUCGCGAGACCAUAACUAUUAUGUUAGUAUUAAUUUAUAAUUUAAUGAGAACACAAAGUAAAAAUGGAGCACCAAAAAGUAAAAAAAAUAAUACAGAAAAUAUAAUAUGUG